AUGAGUACCAAAGUCACUAACGAACAAUUAGGUAAACCUCCAAGUUUCUUAUCCCAAUCAUAUAUCUUCAAUGGUAUGGUUUUCACCUCAGGAUCUGUUGGUUCAGAUUCUGAAGGAAAAUAUUCUUCCGAUGUUGUUGAACAAACUCAUCAAGCUAUUAAGAAUUUAGAAGAAGUAUUGAUCGCUUCUGGUUCUUCAUUGAAAGAUGUCAUGAAAGUCUUAUUAUUCAUUACUAAUAGAGAAGAUGCUGCUAAGAUCAAUGAAGUUUAUACUUCAUACUUCCCUCAUAAACCUGCUAGAUCAUGUGUUAUGGUUCAAUUCCCAAAUGCCGACAUCAAGGUUGAAUUAGAAUGUGUAGCUACUGUCAGCAAAUGA